CUUUGAUCCGGGGGCCCUAGCUAGAUAAAAGUCCCCGGCGGCUGUCCGCCAGCGCCAGAGGGGAGAGCGGAGCCGGGAAGGGGAGCGAGGUAGGAGGAGAAAGCCAGUGGCCUAGGAGCCCCAUCAGCAGGGCAACUCCGUGCAGGGCACAGCCAGCGGUGAGCUCGGGGCUCCAGUGAGUCAGGAGCUAGAAACUCCUAUUAUGUCUAGGGUGGAAGGGUGGGGAUGUCGGGAAACUUUCUCAGGAGCUGAUUCCCGAUUCCCGAAUCCAGAUAGGCAAAUGGGGGCGGGGACGAGGGUACGCAACCCUGGGGAGCUUGGUUGUCAGAGGAAUCUUCAAGGCUAAAAGACCCGCGAAUUAAAGCAACGAAACGCCCCCUUCCCUCCAGAUGUUGCUAGCGCUCUGAAAAUGCCAGCGGCCCCAGGUGCUGCUCGCGCUGAGGUUGGGUAGGCUGGCAGAAGUGGGGAGGGGGCCGGAGGAGUUUAGAGGAUUCCAGGGAUGUCAUUGUCCUAUUGCUCCAGGUGCGCUCUCCAGCUGUGCCCUCCCUUAAUCUUUCAGGGACCGUUCUCCAAACUUGAGGUGAAAGGAAUGGAUAGGGGAUAGAGAACCAGCGAACUCCAGUCUCCAAGCUUUGUCCCCGCCCUGGGAGAUGUUUUUUGUUUUUGUUUUUUGUUGUUGUUGUUGUUGUUGUUGGGUUUUUUUUUUUUUGUUUUUGUUUUUGUUUUUUGAUUUUUGUUUUUUUACCGCCAGCUCUUAGGAGUUCUGGGGAGAGCGGGGAAGAGAGUUAUUUUUUUCUCCCGCAGGUGACUUCCCCCCUUCCCGUAAGAACAAUCCCCUCCUUACUUUUCCCUCAGCCCUCUGUAGGGGGAGGAAGGGGCGGGAUAGGGGAAAGGCGCCUGGCUGGCUUUCCCUUAAUGGGAGCCGCUGUGGCAGCGCUGGGAGCCACAGCCGUGCUGCCCCACACCAAGCCGGGGCCGGGAGCGCCUCCGGCGGUCACGGCGGGGUAAUCCAGGCCCCCUCUGUCAUGUUUGCGGUUUAGGAAGAAAAGAGGAUGCCUCCGCCUAGAAAAAAGCUAGAUCACCGCCUCCCCCGCCACCCCCACCCCAGACACACACCCCCCACACCCCCGCCCCUGAGCUCCGUGAAGGCCCGGGAGGCGGUGGCUGCACAUCUAACGCGUGGGCACCGGGACAGCCGCGGGCCCCGCAAACUACGCCCAGGCUCUGCCCCUGCCGCUCAUUGGAGCGGGACCGAGCCAAAGCGCCCAGACCCAGAACUGCCCUCCUCUAGACGCGGAGCUGGGAGCAGGACGCGGGGAGUAGGGUGCGGGGAGAGAGUAAGCAUCUGCCUAGGACAGCCUAGCCCAGCCCAGACCAAUCCAGCCCAGUCCAAGUAGAGGCUACCCAGUGCCUGCACAGCUUGGGGUAAGAGGACCGAGCCGCGGGGGCCAAGGAGAUCGCUUCGACGCCUAGCGGCUAGCGUAGAGCCCAGAGCCCAGAGCCCACCGGUGACACGGUGGAGCGGAGUGGAUCUGGACACCUUGGGAAGGAUAAUCUCUUCGAAAGAGUAAGGAUCUGGCUGGAGCCCAGAGCCCAGUCCAGGACAGUAGAACUACAGCCGGGUAUCCACAGACCUUGCGGCGCCCGGGUUCAGAUUUCAGAGUCCGCGGGGGCUCACCCGCUGAUCCGCUUCUUCUGCAGGUGGCCCCGAAAGACAGGACCAGCGCUGGCAUGGGCCAAAGAGCGGUGCGAGUACUGCUCCUCCUGGGCUUAUUGCACUGGGGCCCCGGCAGCGAGGGAAGGAAAACCUGGAGACGGCGUGGUCAGCAGCAGCAGCAGCAACAGCAGCAGCAGCAACAGCCGCCUCCGUCUCAGCCCCAGACCCAACCCCAGGCGCUUCCUGGCCGGGAGCUGGGCGAGGUGGCAGGGCAGCCAGUGGAGAGCUUCCCGCUGGACUUCACAGCCGUGGAAGGCAACAUGGACAGUUUUAUGUCUCAGAUCAAGAGUCUGGCACAGUCUCUGUAUCCCUGUUCCGCGCAAAAGCUGGAUGAGGACUUGCGGCUUCAUCUCCUGCUCAACACCUCGGUGACUUGUAAUGACGGUAGCCCCGCCGGCUACUACCUCAAGGAGUCUAAGGGCAGCCGGCGCUGGUUGCUCUUUUUGGAAGGCGGCUGGUAUUGCUUCAACCGGGAGAACUGUGAUUCUCGCUAUGACACCAUGAGGCGCCUUAUGAGCUCCAAAGACUGGCCCAGAACUCGCACAGGCACUGGCAUUCUCUCAUCUCAACCAGAAGAGAAUCCACACUGGUGGAAUGCCAACAUGGUCUUUAUCCCCUAUUGCUCUAGUGAUGUCUGGAGUGGAGCUUCCUCAAAGUCUGAAACCAAUGAGUAUGCUUUCAUGGGAGCCCUUAUUAUCCAGGAAGUGGUUCGAGAACUCCUGGGCAAAGGGUUGACCAGUGCCAAGGUACUGCUACUUGCUGGAAGCAGUGCUGGAGGCACUGGUGUUCUUCUGAAUGUGGACCGUGUUGCAGAGCAGUUAGAGGAGUUGGGCUAUUCAGCCAUCCAGGUUCGGGGUCUGGCUGACUCUGGAUGGUUCCUGGACAAUAGGCAGUACCGACGAACAGAUUGCAUUGACACGAUUACCUGUGCACCCACUGAAGCCAUUCGCCGAGGGAUCAGGUACUGGAACGGGGUCGUCCCCGAACGCUGCCGGCUACAGUUCAAGGAAGGCGAGGAGUGGAACUGCUUCUUCGGAUACAAAAUCUACCCUACCCUGCGCUGUCCUGUGUUUGUAGUACAAUGGCUGUUUGAUGAGGCCCAAUUGACUGUGGAUAAUGUACAUCUGACGGGGCAGCCUGUGCAGGAAGGGCAAUGGCUUUAUAUCCAGAACCUUGGCCGGGAGCUUCGGAAUACUCUAAAGGAUGUGUCGGCUAGUUUUGCCCCUGCCUGCCUAUCCCAUGAGAUCAUCAUCCGAAACCACUGGACAGAUAUUCAGGUGAAGGGCACUUCAUUGCCUCGAGCACUUCAUUGCUGGGACCGAAGUCUUCAUGAGAGCAACAAAAAUGGCAAAGCACCCCCCUUGAAGGGCUGUCCAGUUCACCUAAUUGACAAUUGCCCCUGGCCCCAUUGUAACCCCUCUUGUCCCACCAUCCGAGACCAAUUUACAGGACAAGAGAUGAACAUAAUCCAGUUCCUCAUGCACAUGGGCUUUGAUGUACAAAAAAUGGCUCAGCAACAAGGGUUAGAGCCAGGCAAGCUCCUGGGGAUGCUUAGCAGUGGGACCUAAAUGAAAUCAGUAUGUGGAAAUGAUUCAUGGCCAGCACAGGAGAGGGUGAUCUCCCCCCUGCCCCAAACUCUUUGCCUCCCUCCCUUUUUCCACCUCACCUCACACCACCAGGCUCACAUUCUUACUCUGUGCCUAUUGCCUCUUAGAUCUAGACACAUGUUUCCCAUUGGGGCCAACGGAGCAUUAAACCACCUCUUUGUCCUCCACUGGGCCUUGGAAUCACAGAAUGUUUAAGGAAGAGCUCUCAAUGGACAGUCAAAAAAAAAUCUUCAUUAUAACCUGCUCAAUGUGGAUUAUUCAGUUUACUCUAAGACCUCCAAUGAGGAUAGGAAGAGAGCCCAUUCCCUUCUGAAGCGUCCCAUUUCAAUUUUAGAUAGCUUUGUUAGGAAAUUGUUUUCCUAAUAGCCUAAUAUUUCCUAAUAAUUUGUCUGAUUUUAACUUUUACCCAUUGCUUCUGUUUCUGCCCUCUGAAAGUCAAGCAGAGAAAGUCUAAUCUGUCUUCCAUGACAGUCCUUCAAAUACUUGGAACUAUCAUGUGUUCUCCUUCCCUAACCCUACUCCAAAUCUUCUCUUCUACAGGCUAAACAUUCCUAACUUCUUCAACUGCUCUCAUGGUAUGGACUCUAGGCUUCUUAUCAUCCUGUGUACCCUUCCCUGGACAUUAUCCAGUCCAUCCUAAAAUGUGUCAUCCAGUAUUGAACACAAUAUUCCAGAGAGGAUCCAACAAGGGUAGAAUAUACAGGCCCAGUCCCCUUCUUAUAUCUUUUUCCUCUUAAUGUAGACUAGUAUUAUAUUAACUUUAUUAUCUACCAUCUCCUACUUUUGACUCAUCUUGAACUGGCAGUCAAGCAGAAUCUCCAGAUCUUUUCCCAACAUAGCAUUGUAAAACUAUGCCCUUUCCUCCAUCCUAUCCUUGGAAAAUUGACUUCUUUAAUGGAAAGGUGAGUCUUUACAUUUAAUCUUACUUCAAUUUAGUUUGACUUAAUCUUAUUGGUUUUCAACAACUGGUUUCUGUCUAGCCUAUCUUUUUGGAUCCUGCCUGUCGUAAAUGACAGUGUUGUCAUUAAAUUCCUGCUGUGUCACUUAAAAAUUUGAUUACUAUGACUUUGUCCUACUCAUUGAUAAAAAUGUUCAAUUGGACAAGGCCAAACUCAGUUCCCUGGGGGGUUUUCCUAGAUGCUUCCUGCAAAGUUUUAUCAUUGAAUUAUGAAUGACUACUAUUUUGAGUUUUGCCACUCAAUUUUGCAUCCACUUAAUUAUAUUGUUACCUAUCCCACAUCUCUCCAAUUUUUCCAUGAGAAAAAUGUGGAUAUUUCAUCAAAUGCUUGACUAAAAUCUAGUAAAUGGUAUCCAUAGCAUUCUAAUUUGCUCUUUCAGUAAUCAUGUCAAAAAAAAAAAGGAAAUAACAUUUGUUUGGUAUGACCUGUUCUUAAUGAAGCCAUGCUGGCUCUUUAUGAUUGAUAUCCCUUUUUCUAGAUAUUCACUGAUUGUUUGUAAUGUUCAGGCUAGCUUUCUGGAGGUCUUCCAAAAGGGCCUUAGUCUUAGCAAGAUAGACACCACAAGAAUGGACAAGAAUAGAGUCCAAAGUCUUAUAUUGUCUCUUAUAGUCUAUGUCUGUCACAGUCUGAUCCAGUCUCAACCAGUCUCCCCCUGAGUCUGACUUUGUCUCCACUUUAAAUACCCUAUUACAUCAUUACAGUACACUGAGUAUGUGUGAACUAGAGAAUCAUUAUAUCACCAUGCCAAGUACUAAGUAUAUGUAUACUAGAGAACCAUUAUCUCAUCAAUUCCAUUGAGUUAACACCUUGUUUCAAGUAUACUUCUCCAGAGUUCCAGGUCUCUACAGUUGUUCUCUUUAAGAUUCAUUCUAGAGUUUUCCCAAGAAAUGAAGUCACACUUGCUGGCUUGUAGACAAUUUUUCCAACCCUUUUUAAUUGGGCUAAUGAUUGCCCUUCGUUAGUCUUAUGAUAUAUUUCCCAUUUUUUAAAGUCUUUCAAAUACCAUUGACAGAUGGUUCUUCCAUCACUGGAACCCCUUUCAGGAUCCAUGGAGUCCAUUUUGGCCGUGGUAACUGAUUAAGGACAUCUAGUUAUUCUUUUACUCUUCCCUUCUUCUUCUUCAAUAUCAACUCCCUGCUGUUUCCCUUUCUCUGUUAUUAUCAAUUCAGAGUUCAUCUUCUUUGUCAGAGAAUAUAAAAGAAAACUAGAAUUAGAGACCCCUAUUUUAUGUUAUCAGUUAUUUUUGUAUAUGUCAGUCAUAUACACACCCCUCAAGAAUCAGUCCUAGGUCCUAUUUAAUCUUCUUUUGUCUGAAUAGAUUUUUUUAAAAAUACCAUUUGCUUUUUUUUAUCUUUAGCUUUCCUAGCUAUCCUCAGCCUAUUCUGAGCCUUAGCACUUGCUAACACUAUAUUUAUGGGAUAGUGUCUUGUUCUUAUAUUCAUUCUCUAUCCCUUUCCCUUUUUUUUCCAUCUUUCUAUAUCUCUUUGAAAUUUCAUUUGGCUGGUUCACAAUAUAUCCACAUUGUUGUCUUUGGUCAUCUAUUUUUAUUCAUUGAAAUUGUUUCCCUUAGUGACUUCAAUCACCAAGAAAUUCUUGAGAGUAUUUCAUUCCCCUAGGCAGAUAUCCCCCAUAGAAUUUUAGUCCAUGGGAUCCUACACAGUCUUUUCUCUGAGUCCUUAUUACUGUUUUUCAAAAAUCUAGGAUGCAUUUCAGUCCCUACUUGCCUUUCAUCUUUUUCUUGAUCAAAAAUUCUAGGAGGGAGUAGUUAUCUUCUGUAUAAUAUUCCCAUCAUUUCCACUCACUCUUCCUACUUCCUUCCCUGGCUGAGGUGUCUGGUCUUAACUCUUCCUCCCAUUGCUUCCAAUGCAAUCUGUCCAGAGACUGACUGCUCAUCAAAUGAAGCAAGACCCUCAUUGAACCCCCACCUGGCUCUGCCUCUGACACCAGCAUGGUUUCCCCUGUUAUCCUUUUCUAUAUUUUCUUCCCAGAACCUUUGAUCCAUGGGGCAGAGCCUAAAGCACUGGAUUCCUCAAUUCCACCAGAAGCCCUAAAUCAAUCCCUUAGUCCUCAUCUUCCAGCCCUCAUGCCCUUUUGUAUUAUUUUAUAAAGUGACUUUUUUAUUACUAUAAUUUUUUAAAAAGGAAUUAAGCAAGAAUAUAAGAUGAAUGAUAUUGUUUUGUAACAUAUUUUUUUUAAAUAAUAAAAAACCAAAGAACCUCA